AUGCCGGUCGAGAAGCCUGCAGACCAGAUCAACAACAUUGACGGCCCAUCCCAACAACAACAACGCAGAUAUCCACACUGGACCCACUGGCGGCGAGGUAGGAAAUGCCCACGGCGACUGUCUAGUGACUGGUAUGAAAUCUACAACUUAUCGCUGCAGAUGAAUCUUUCAAGAGGACAUAGCAAGAAACUGCAAUUCAUCAAAUACUUUCAGUUGACCUCAACAGUGUGUCAGUAG